AAAAAAAAAAAAACAGAAAAUGGUCAAGCCAGUACCGAACAAAGUGUUCAGUACAGCCAAAUACUUAACAAGAGAUUGAACAAAGGCAUUCAACAGCUUUAACAAAAGACAAACUGAUUGUUCUAGGCCUAGUCAAUUGUGGAACUGCUAACUUUUUGGUGUCAUAUUAGUUUGCUGAAGGGAAAGUCUAGCUCACUUUGAAAUAGGUUUAAUCGUGAAUUAGUCUCCAGAAUAUCUGACCUACUUGAUAAUAUAGAGACUGGCAAUUUAGAUCGAAGAUUUAUCCAUUAUUCAACGAAAAAUACAAUUCUUUGACUGCUUCAGAAAUCGACUUAACAGCCUUUGGCUCAUAUAUCAAACCAUUCCAGCGCUAUUCAAUAUAUUCCAUUCAUUAGGGGCAAAUAGAUAUGCUUGAAUGAAGAAUGAGUUCUGAUAAUCCAACCACAUCCAUCACAAAAGCACCUACAAGAAGAGUUCUAGGAGCCGCCCCAAAGAGAAUACUAGGUGUACCCAAAUCUCCAAGUCACUCUAAACAAAGCUCUAAUGGGUCUAUCAAUACACCAACCCCAUCACCGUUGAAAAUUGAAAGACGUGAUUCACCAGCACUUGAGGAUCAUAUAACCCCUGUUAAGGCACCAGCUCCAGUAUUUAUAAAUGGAGGUGCAAAUACUCCAGAUAUUCUUUUGUCAGAGGCAGAUGUUAUAGAUGGUGUAAGCUCCCCAGAUCCAUUUAUAGAGAGAAAUCUCACAUCUCCACAACCGGAUGCUAAAUCAUCAGAUGAGAAUUUAGACGAGAUAACAUGUCCCAUUUGUGACGAGAAAAUGAUUAGUUUAUUACAAUUGAACCGUCAUCUUGAUGAUGAGCACAAAUUUCAAGAUGCAUUUGAAAGCUCAUCGUCUUCACUGAAUACAGUUACUCCUGAAAUCACAGUUACUAGAAAGCACUGGCAAAAACCGUCAGGAUAUGAUCGUUGUUUUGUCAAAGGUUGCAAGAAACAUCUAAACAUCAAAAAUGGGUUAGUCAACUGUCGUAAAUGUGGUAAACUGUUUUGUCAUGAUCAUUCUGAUUUCAGAGUUAAACUUGAUAAUAAUGCUGAUUAUUAUGCUGAAGGUGUUUGGUGUAAAUGUUGCGAAGAUUGUUUCAAAUACAAGCCAGGGUAUAACGAUUAUGGGCUGGUGAACAAUUUGACUGAACAGUUCAAACAAAAGAGACAAAGUCGGAUUGAUGAGAAACAAUUAUAUGCAAACAAACUCGAAAAGAGAAUAAUAAAUUUAACAAAAACACUGAGUCAGAUUGAUAAAGAGUUUGGCUCAACUGAUUUCAAUAGCAAUUUUUUGAACUAUAGAAUCAUUAAUAAGAAAAGGGAAGCUGAACAACAGUUGGUUCAAUGGGAAGAUGAAAAGCUGGUGCUAAAUUGUUUCUUAUGUCUUCGAAAUUUCAGUUUCACUCUUAGAAAACACCAUUGUCGUUUAUGUGGAAGAGUGGUAUGUGGUAGUGAAACUACUGGGUGCUCAAAAGAGAUUCCAGUCAACAUAUUGACAGAGCUUUUACAAGAUUUACCAAAAACCAAUGAUGAUUCACUACUAAGACUCUGCAGGAAUUGCAAAAAUGUACUAUUUUUGAAAAGAAAUUUUCAAAAAGACUUGAGGAAACCUUUUUCAAAGUUAUUGGCUAAGUUUGAAAUUCAACAGAAUGUCAAAAAGUCAAUCACAACGUUGAUGCCCAGAUUUCAGGACAUGUUGAUUAAGCUUCAAGAUGAUAAGGCUGUGAGAUCCAAGUCAAUAAUCGCUGAUGCUUCCAAACUUAGAAAAAGACUAAUGGAUACAUUUGCAAUGUUCGAUAAAUUAACAAAGGAAAUUGUUACGUUGGAAUGCUCCACUGAAAGUGAAAGUCGUAUUCAAUUAGCUAUUCAAACGGAAUCCGCUUCCUUUAUCCAAAAGAACAUGUUACCAUUGAAGUCACUGCCAAAGAUACUCAAACAACAAGAACUCAAACAGAAGGAACAACAUAAAGUGCUUAGUAGAGAAGAAGUGCAAGGGAUCAAACAAAAUAGAGAGGAACUAAUGGUGUUGAAUGAACAAAAAUUCUUGGUUGAAGAUAUGAUUGCCAAUUGUAAAGCACAAAGAAAGUUUGAUGAAUUACCACCAUUGAAUGAAAAUCUUGAUGAAUUGAAUAAAAACAUUGACCGGCUACAAGCCGCACUAGGAAAUGAAGGGUUUUAA